AUGGAAACCGUUGUGGGAGACCUCAUGGCGACCGAGUUGAGGCUUGGCCUGCCAGGCACCGUCGACGACUGCAGCCAGACCCAGGUGAAGGCCACGCCGCCGUCGACGCCUAGGGGCAAGAAGCGCGCCACCACCGAUGCCGUGGAGGACGCCGCCGCCAAGGAGACCAACAAGCGUGACGCCGAGGCAUCACCUCCUGCAGCCAAGGCGCCCGUGGUCGGUUGGCCGCCAGUGAGGUCGUACCGGAAGAGCUGCUUCCAGCAGGCGAGCAGCAAGCAGCAUGUCAGCAGCAAGGCGACCAACAAAGAGGAGGCGGCGGCGCCCAGCUGCACGGCGGCAUCCGCAGCCGCCGCAAACACCACCGCCAGCGUCGUCGUCGGCUCCUUCGUCAAAGUGAGCAUGGACGGCGCCCCGUACCUGAGGAAGGUGGACUUGAGGAUGUGCAAGGGAUACAGGGAGCUCCGGGAGGCCCUGGAGGCCAUGUUCGUCUCCUCCAACAGCGACAGCGCCAACCUGUCCGAGUUCGCCGUCACCUACGAGGACAAGGACGGCGACCUCAUGCUCGUCGGAGACGUGCCAUUCGAGAUGUUCACUAGCACUUGCAAGAAGCUGAGGAUCAUGAAGAGAUCUGAAGCCACAGGCCUGGGAUCAGCGAGGCAAUGA